UGUCAGUUUGGCAUGAAGUUUUGACAGGUCCCGUACUGUUUUCGUCUAUAACACGAUGUGAAGAGACGUUCUUAAGUUUUCCGUACAAAGCUAAACGUUCCAUCUGUCUACUAGGUCUACUAUUGAAAAUUUUGGAGCCCCAAAACUGACUCCGUGGCCAUAAGAACUGGUCACUCGCCGAGAAGAUCAUGGUAUGCAUGGCGCGAUCGCGAACCCGGAAGCGACUGUGCAAGCUAGUUCUUGCCGGACUUUCGAUUCUCCUCCUUCUCUCGUGUUUAUUUGUGAGGAGGAAGGUGAAAGCACGCCGAUGUACAGAUCAGGAGUCAAGGGCUACACUAAGGACACUGUGUGAAGAGUACACCAGGAACAAGGUUACAGGGAACCUAUGCCCAGAUUUGUGCACCACACAUUCAAUCAUCUACAGACAAUGCCUCAACUACAGAAAAGGGAAGAAGGUCAUGCUUGCCGAGUGGAACACGCACAAAGUCAUACUGAAAUCCAAAUACGAUCGCCUACAGGACUACAACUCAAUCGUAUCCAGAUACAUGAACGAUGUAGGUAAGAUGGUCACUUCACCACCAGAUAUGGCAACUUUUCUAACCAUGGUUAAGCAUCAGCUACGAACAAUGUUUGAAAUAGAUACACCAGACAUAUCUGUUGUAGAAACUCUCCAAAAGAUGUGUCCAUGGAAAAAAGGGAAGACGCUGAAUCAAGUGACUAUGGAGAGCCUGUGGGCACUUUUACAGCAAGAUGAGUACCUCAUGAUGCAGUAUUUCCAAGGAAACGAGCAUUUUCCAAAGAUUUAUGGAUCUUGCGGACAUUUUUAUGUCAUGGAGUAUACCCCUCCUGGUGACACCCUGAGCCCAUCGUUGUUCAACUUCAAAACAGGAAGAGAACUUGUAUCCUCAACAGACUGGGACAGCCGUGCUAAAGUUGCUCUUAGCUUCCUCACAUUCUUAGAAGACUUGAAUACUUUUCACACUGAACCACUUCAUCUGUGUGACGUAAAGCAGGACAACUACGGCGUGUCCGCGGACUUGACUAUACAAGCGAUAGACGUAGACAUGGCAUUCUUUGAGAUGAAAAUGCGGGGAAUUCUCGGACAGGAAAACUGCACGAAAAACGAGGACUGUGAGUUUUUUGACUGUCUGUCUACGUGUGACUUACAACGCAAGAGAUGUUCAAAACACAGGUCAAACAACAAUUUGCAGGCUAUAUGCAAGAAGAUAUUUGUGGGGUACAAUGGACUUCCUUUCGGCGGUUUGUUACGCUCUCCUCCUGCGGCCAUUUCAGAUCGCCUGGACAACGCCCUCCAGGAAUGCGUGAAACCGUCAGAUAACUACGGCCAAUCACAGAAGGCAUCUUCGGAGACACUAGAAAUGAUCAGGGACCUUCUUCAAGAAUCACUACAUAGUAAUGCACCUAGCAGAUAGCACACAGUGUUAAGAUGGAUUGUUUGUGCAAGAAAAAAGUGUUGAUGGAGGACUAUUAUCAUCAUUCCUUGUCUUGGUGGGUGGGUAUUCUCUCUUUGCAGCCAGGGGCUGAAUUGCUUGGAGCUUACAACAGGCGGGGAUAAAUUCCAAGGCAGUGUCUGGAGCGAGCUGCUAUUCAGUGCUAAUUCAGGGGACCUCAAUGCGACAGUAAUUGCCCUAGGUGUGAUUGCAUAGGACUGUAGGGUUUGAAUCACUCACACCGGGAUGGACCUCUACUCUUUUUUAUAAGUGUGGUGAAUUCUACAACAUGCUCGAGGUGUGGCUCUCUUCAAACACAGAACCUUUCCAAGGGACGACCCUAACACAAGUGAGGUUCCCGAAUAUAGUGAUGAAAGUCAUGUUAAGUGUCUUGCCCAAGCCUAGGGCACAAGGUGGUGCCGUGCUGUUCAUGUAAUCAUUGUAAAACUAGUAGUUGGAGUGAUAUCUAAAACAGGUAUUGUAUAUAUAUAUAUGACUGGACAUAUCUGGCUGCAAUUUGAGGAUUUUUUUCAGCUUCUCAAUGAUAUA